AUGAAAGCCCUUGCAUCCCGACCGUCCGGAGGACAGAAUCACAACUCCAACGCGCCGCUGGCGGCCUCCUUGGGGAUUUUAAGCCCCAGCACCUCGUCCACCCCCCCAGAAGAAUCGGAACGUCAUUGCGACAAUCCCUCGUCGCGGAAGCUCUCUGCGGCGCUUUCCAGUUUGCAACUCGGUACCUACCUGGACCGUUUGCCAUCCACUGCACGACUAGUGAUGCAAUCGCCUUGUUUCUUUCACCAGCGGUUUGACGACGCUGUAAAUAUCCAGAAGGUCCUCGAAGAAAUCGCAGAUGACGAGUGGUUGUCCCAUUCGCGGUUAGUCCAGACCGCGACGGGUGUUCGAGAGGUAUCGAAACAAUUGCAACGUCGGCCUAUCAAACGGGCGGUGAAAAAUGUCAUGAUUGUGACCAAGGCGCGAGACAAUAGUCUGAUACAUUUAACACGUGAAUUGGCGGAAUGGCUUCUCUCGACACCCCGAUAUGGGAACGCUACUGGCGUCAAUGUGUACGUGGAUGCGAAGCUACGCAACUCGAAGAGGUUUGAUGCCCAGGGGCUAAUCAAGAACGAACCUCGAUUUGAGGAGAUGCUACGAUACUGGACGCCUGAUCUCUGCUGGACUUCGCCGGAGAUGUUUGAUCUUGUCCUCACACUCGGUGGAGACGGGACUGUCCUAUUCACUUCGUGGCUCUUCCAGCGCGUCGUUCCUCCCAUCCUCAGUUUCUCUCUGGGAAGCCUAGGAUUUUUAACCAAUUUUGAGUUCCACAACUACAAAGAGCAUUUGAAUGCGGUCAUGGGUGAUGUCGGUAUGCGCGUCAACCUUCGCAUGCGAUUUACAUGCACUGUGUUCCGCAAGGACCGCAGCAAGGGCGCGGAGGCCGACGCAGUGGAGGAGGGGGAGCAGUUUGAGGUUCUAAACGAACUUGUUAUUGAUCGGGGGCCAUCGCCUUACGUGUCGAACCUGGAGUUGUACGCGGAUAAUGACCUUCUGACAGUUGUUCAGGCCGAUGGAUGCAUUUUCUCCACACCCACCGGGUCCACGGCUUACUCCCUGUCCGCCGGCGGCUCCCUAAUCCAUCCUUCCAUUCCCGGAAUCCUCCUAACUCCUAUCUGUCCUCACACACUCUCUUUCCGUCCGAUGGUUCUAUCAGAUACUCUGCUACUCCGCAUUGCCGUUCCGGCGGGAUCCCGCUCGACAGCGUACUGUUCGUUUGACGGCAAGGGACGCGUCAAACUUCACCAAGGAGACUAUGUCACUGUCGAAGCCAGCCAAUACCCAUUCCCGACCGUGGUUUCUGGGAGUGGGGAGUGGUUCCAUAGCGUUCAGCGUGCAUUGCGAUGGAAUACGCGCGGAGCGGUGCAGAAAAGUUGGCAUCGUGGGUCCGAGGUCGGUGCAGGCCCGACCGACGAAGAAAAUGAUGACGAAGAAUGGGAUAUCGAUACCGAUGCUGGGUUAACCGGUACUGAUAGUGGGUUGGGACCUAGUGAGGAUGGCGAUGCGGGAUCUAUCAGCCCGAUUAAACGAUAA